AUGCCCGGCGCGACGCUGACGGACACGCGUCCAUCGAUGGACGGCUUGCUCCACGGCGUCGCCAGCGGCGGUGCUGGCGACCCUCCGGUGGCGAUUGCGACCUUCGAGGUUUCGCGAAAGACUCUCGCCGGUGCAGACGACCGCCGCGAUACGGCGAGUGAGAUCGCCGGAUCGCCGACGAUCACCGGCGGCGACGGCGCUUCACCAGAGAAUGAGGCGCGCUGUGAGUCGACGCCAGCAGCAGCGGGAAGUCCCGCCGAUGCCGUUGCAGACGGCGAGGGGAUUGGCGGCUGGUGGGGCAGGCGAGCCGCGGAGAGCGGCGAGUCGGCGGGGAAGGAUUCGUGCAACGAUUCCGACGAUUCGGUGGCGAGCGACUGGAACGGCUGGCGAGCGGAGAAGGCGGCGACGGAUGGCGAGCACGUGCCGUAUGAUGGUGAAAAGGUGGGGACUGGUGGUGAAAAGGCGGCGACAGAUGGCGAAAAGGAAGGGAAAGGUAACGAAGAGAAGGCAGCAGAUGGUGAAAAGGAAGGGAACAGUGGCGAACAGAAGGCGACAGAUGGCGAAAAGGUGGGGAAAGGUGGCGAAGGGGCGGCGACGGGAGGAGGUGCGGCGAGGCGACAGAGGAAGACGGCGGAGGCUGCUGCAGCCGCCAUGAAGCGGAAGGUACGGCGUCGGGGAAUGGUUGAGACGAGCAGUGUGAAGUUCACGCGGCCACGCCUGGCAGCCAUCUCGCUUGGCGGCUUCUUCACCUCCAUGCGCGCGCGCAUGGCGCUGCUGGAUGCGCGCAUGCCGCGAGAAACGGAAGAGGAGGACGAGGAAGAUGAGAUGGAUGACGAGGAUGAUGACGUGGACGGUGAGGAUGAUGACGUGGACGGAGAGGAUGAUGACGUGGACGGAGAGGCGGAGGAGGAGGAUGAGAAGCCCAAGGCAGGGACGAGCGGGCGAGGAGAAGGGGAGAAUGCCAGGGGCGGCAGUGUCAGUGGCGAUGCUGCUGCUGUGUCGAGUGGUCUGAUCGCCGACAUGCUGCACCGCUUCGCACAGGAGGAGGAGGAAGGCGAUGAGGAGGAUGAUGAGCUUAUCGUGCUUGAAUGCUCCGCUCCUGCUGCUGCUGCCACUGCGACAGCAGGAGGGGCAGCAGGAGCGGCAGCAGGAAAAGAUGCAGAUGAGAAGGGAAAGGGGGAGGAGAAGGGAGAGGUGGAAGGCGAGUGUGCUGUGAAGCAAGGGGCCCAGGCAGGAAGGGAGGCGCGGAUGAACCGUGGAGAAUACGAGGCUAGGGACGACGAGGCUAGGGUCGACGACACAAUGAGGGCCAUGUGGGAACAGGGUGGGGAGGGAGGGAAGAGAGAGAAGUGGGGAACGGGGGAGAAGGGGGAUAAAGGAGAGAAGGGGGAGAAGGGAGACAAAGGGGGAACGGGGGAGAACCGGGACAAGGGAGAGACGGGCAGUGCAACGAAGUGCACAGGGAAGGGAUGUGGCACUGGCGAGGGCAGGGGCAGGGACGGGCCUGGGAGGAGCAGCGAGCGAGGGAAGGUGUGUGGGCGAGCGCAUGUGGGGAGUGCAGGGACGGCAGUGGACUCUAGCGUUGGUGUUGCUAAGAGGGAGGCAGCUGCUGGGGUGUCCAGUGGGAGAGGGGCGGUGGAGGGAGAGAAUACAGGCGUGGCAGGGCGAGGAAAGGAAGGGGAGGAAGGGGCAGGCGAGGCAGGGGCGGUGACAGCAGGGCAGAAACCAGAUGGGGGCGGUGAUGGGGGGAAGCAGGGAGGUGCAGAGGCGGGGAAGCAGGGGGCAGCUGAUGGGGAAAAUCAGGGGGACGCAGAAGGGGGGAAGCUGGGGAGCGCAGAAAGGGGGAAACAGGGGGAUGCAAGGGGGCUUAAGCAGGGGGGAGGCGUGCGGUGGUGGGUGGGGGCGCGUAAGGCAGCAGGAGUGGGGCCCAAGUCGCUGAAUGAGUGGGCCAAGGGGCGCGGGGGAGGGGCGGAUACGCAAGGGGGGAAGGGGGCAAGUGCAGGAAGGGGCGCAGGAGGGGCUGCUGCUGCUGGUGCUGGUGUUAAUGUUGCUGCUGCUGCUGGUGAUGGUGGUGUUGGUGGUGCUGCUGCUGGUGAUGGUGGUGUUGGUGGUGCUACUGCUGGUGCUGGUGCUGGUGCUGCAGCUGCUACAAUUUCUGCUGCUGCUUCUGCUGACGACGUUACUAUUGCUGCUGCUGUUGCUGCUGGGCGGAGAUUUAUUGAUGACGCUGCUAUGGAAGAUGGGGGAGAAGAGGAGGAGGAGAGAGAGGGGGGGGAUGAUGCGGAGGAGGGGGAUAGGGUUAGAGCUUUGGGGGAGAACGGGCGAGAUGCGAAUUGGGACCGGAUGGAUAUAGAGGAUUUAGGAGAAGAUAACAGUGGGAGUGACAGUGAGGGUAACGAAGAUGCUUGUAACGAGGACGAAGGAGAGGGGGAGGUUGACAAGGGGGUGGGAGAUGAGGAAGAGAGGGAAGGAGAGGAAGAGGAGGAAGAGGGGGAAGAGGGGGAAGAGGGGGAGGAGGGGGAAGAAGGGGAGGAGGAGGAGGAGGAGGAGGAGGAGGAGGAGGAGGAGGAGGAGGAGGAGGAGGAGGAGGAGGAGGAGGAGGAGGAGGAGGAGGAGGAGGAGGAGGAAGGGUCAGAUGGUGCGUUGGAGAGAGCAGCGCUUCACAGGCAGUGGGAGGAGGAGGAGGAUGAGCGCGUGCAGGGGGCGGUGAUGGGCGGGGUGCAGGGGGGCUGGGCGCAUGUGCGCAUGGGCAGGCGGACCCAGGGUGGGGGGGAGAGGGGGAUCAGGGGGGUGGGUCCGAUGGGGGAUGGGGAGGAGGAAGAAGAGGGAGAGGAGGAGGUGGAGGAGGAAACGGGGGAGGAUGGAGGGUUGAGGAAAGGGGGAGUGAGGAAGAGGAAGAGUGGGGAGAGUGGGAAAGGGGAGGGAGGGAAAGCGAAGGGGGCAGGUGGUGGGGAGUGGGGGUUACUGGCAAAGAAAGUGAGGAUGCUCAAAGAGAAGGCGGGGGGAGGAGGGGCGAAGGGGGGUGGAGAGGGGAAGGGAAUGGAGCAGGAUAGCAAUGCGUGUGGCUUAACCGAGAGUACUCGUGUUGAUGCUGAUGCCGUUGGAACGAAGAGGGGGAUUAGAGGCGAGGGAGAGGAGGGGGACGAUGACACUGCGAGUGACGAUGCUGAGAAUGGCAGCGGCAGCGACAUCGAUGGUAGCAAUGGUGUUGGCAGUGGUGAUGGUGGUGAUGAGGGCGAUAAGAGCGAUGAGGAUGAUGAGGGCGAUGAUGGCAAGAUGGCAUCGCAAGACCUGGCAGAGCAGAUGCGAGCCAAGAGACGCGUAGAGAUGGUGAGUGGGGAGAUGGUGAGUGUGUCGGUGAUGAGUGGGAAAGAUGGUGAGUGGGUGAAAGGUGGUGAGUGGGGCGGUGGUGAGUUGGGGGGAGGUUGGAUGUCUCACCAUCUCCCCACUCUCACACCCAUCCUCUUCCUUUCUCUCCUCUCUUCCCCCACCUUCCCCCCACCCUGGCAGCACCACAAGGAGCAUCACCGGGAGGUGCGGGACACAGUGCUGGGGCAGUGGAAGCAGCAGCAAAAAGAAUAA